AUGAGCAUCAGGACCCCACCCACACUCCUGCAGCUGGCAGGAGAGAGCCUGCUGAGGGACCAGGCCUUGGCCAUUGCAGCUCUGGAGCACCUGCCCGCUGAGCUCUUCCCACAGCUGUUCAACCUGGCCUGCUAUAGUAGACGCCACCAGGAGUCCCUGAAGGCGAUGGCACAAGCCUGGCCCUAUCCUGUCCUCCCUCUGGGGAUCCUGAUGAAGCGGCCUCGGGUCAAGGUCUUAAAAGCCGUGUUGGAUGGGCUUGACGUUCUGCUUGCCCAGGAGGUUCGCCCCAGGAGGUGGAAACUGCGGGUGCUGGAUUUAAGGGACACGGGUGCCAAGUUCUGGAGAAUGUGGUGUGGAGACAGCACCCUGAAGCGCUCACCGACAGGACCAGUGACUGUGCACAGGUCCAGCCCCAACAUGGAGCACCCCUUAGCUCCCGUGGAGGUGUUCCUAGACCUUAACUUCAAUGACAGGGACAGGGAUGAGUUUUUCAUGUACGUCAUCCAAUGGGCCCAGCAGAGGGAAGGGCUGCUACACCUGUGCUGCAAGACGCUGAGGAUUGCUGAGGUGCCCUUCCAGAGGGUGAGGAAGGUCCUGGAUGCGGUGCAGCUGGACUGCAUCCAGGAGAUGCUCAGGCCACAGCAUCUCCGCGAGCUGGACCUGGAUUCCCCAUCCUUCCUCCGAGGCCGUCUGGACCAGAUGCUCAGGUGCCUGCAGACCCCCUUGGAAAAACUCACCAUAACACAUUUCCGGCACCUGACCCAUUCAGACCUGACACACCUGUUCCAGUGCCCGAACCUCAGGCAGCUGGUGUCCCUGCGUCUGUACUGUACCAGCCUCGCUGAUUUUAGUCCUGAGCCCCUCCGAGCUCUGCUGGAGGCAGUGGCACCCACCCUCCAGGAGCUGCGCCUUGAUAAGUGUGCCAUGGUGGACUCCCAUGUCGAGGCCAUCCUGCCUGUCCUGAGUGGCUGUCACCAGCUGAGCGAGUUCACCAUCACUGAAAACCGCCUCUCCAUGGCCACCGUGGGGAAGUUGCUGCGCCACACAGCCGGGCUGCGAAGCUUAGAGGUGGAGCUGUACCCUGUCCCCCUGGAGUGUUACAGGACCCACGACACUGUCAACCAGGAGAGAUUUGCCCUGAUCCGGUCUGAGCUGACAGGGAUACUGAGGGAGUUAGGACAGCCCAGGAACAUCCUGCUUUCCACCAAGCACAGUGGCCACAGGGAGUUUUAUGACGUGGCAUUUUCAUGA